AUGCGGGACAUGCUGGAGAAAUUGCGCAAUGUCAGCGAAACCUUGGAAGAUGAGGACGACCUGGAGUAUGACGAAAGCAAGCUGCCAGCAACUCAAGAGUCAAUCGUCUUCGAGACCUCUUUGGACAUUGAGAGCAUCCUGAAGGAAGCCGAGUCUAUACGCAAGGGGAUUUGCUUGCUCCUCUUGGAGGUGGAGCGCCUGAAGAAGAACAACGAGCGCUUUCGUACUACCGUCCGCCACCUCUCGUCCGUUAAGCGGGACUCGGAUGAAAUCGCCAGGGGGAUCCAGAAGCAAGGGCAACAACUGCACACUCGCAUCCUGGCACUGGGCGCCAGGAGCAAGAAGAUGGAGGAAAGGGCCGGGCCCAACUCCGCUUCGAGUCGCAUCUCUUGCAUGCAGUUUAACUCGCUCAUCCUUGCCUUCCAAGCCGCCAUGGGGAGCUACAACCAGGCAGAAGAACUGCAGAGGUCCAUCUGUAGGGAACGAAUCCAGAGGCAAGCCUCCAUUUUGGGGACCAAAAUCACUGACAAGAAACUCGAUGAAAUUGUAGACAAAGGCUUCGAAGGCUGGAACGAGUUAUCUCAGAGUCUGCCAACAAUGCAUGAGGGACAUUCCUCUCGCUGGGCGAUGACCGAAAUCAAAGACCGACACAAGGAACUGGUGGCGCUGGAGGCCCGGCUCAGGGAGGUCCACGAACUGUUCCAAGAUGUGGCCGUGCUGACGGAAGAGCAGUGCUCCAUGCUGAACAAUAUCGAAGCCAACGUGUCGAAAACUCAGCAGUAUGUUCAACAAGUCAACGUGGAGAUUACCAAGGCCAUACAACAAUAA